CCGCUACGGUCGUUUCCCCUAUCUCUGUAGCCCCCAUUCCUUUUUUCGUUUCACAGAUCAAUGCUCGUCAACUCGAUUCCUCAACGCUGAAGAUGACACGCAAAUCCUCGCUAAGCAGCUGAAGAGGACUGCAAUUCCUGAUUUUAGGCCAAAGAAUCCUGCAAUAAGAGUUUCAUCCAAAGCAUUUAGUGUCUGCUUUCAAAGUUUUUCUCCUUUCGGAUUAUGGAAAAUCUUCCUGUAGAAGUUGUUGGAAACAUAUUGUCACGGCUCGGGGGAGCUCGGGAUGUUGUGAUAGCUUCUGCAACAUGCAGGAAGUGGCUGGAAGCGUGUCGGAAGCACCUUCAUACACUUUCGUUCAAUUCCAGCGAUUGGCCAUUUUAUCGGGACCUCACUACCAAUCGCCUGGAAAUCCUCAUAACUCAAACAAUCUUCCAGACCACUGGAUUGCAAGGCCUAUCGAUUAUGAUGGAUGAUGCCAACAAGUUUUCUGCCUCCACUGUCAUUGCUUGGCUCAUGUAUACAAGGGAGACCUUGCGGAGGUUGUCAUAUAAUGUUCGGACUACCCCAAAUGUCAAUAUUCUCGACAUCUGUGGGCGGCAAAAGUUAGAAACUUUACUUCUCGCCCAUAAUUCAAUUACCGGGGUGGAACCAAACUUCCAGAGAUUCCCUUGCUUGAAAUCCCUUUCACUGAGUUAUGUCAGUAUUUCUGCACUGGAUCUAAACCUUUUGCUCAGCGCUUGCCCGAAGAUCGAGGCUUUGGAACUUGUCAGCCCUGAGAUUGCGAUGUCAGAUGCACAGGUGACGAUUGAACUGACCAGCCCGACGGUAAAGAGUAUUUACAUUGAAGCCAUUAGCUUGGAUAAAUUCAUCCUGGAAGCUGACAGUAUCGAGUGUUUGCACAUGAAGGAUUGCGUCCUCGAGCUUUUUGAGCUUAUAGGAAAGGGGACAUUAAAGCAUUUCAAGCUUGAUGAUGUUAGUGUCAUACAUCUUGAUAUAGUAGAGACUGCUGAAAACCUCGAGAUUGUUGAUGUGAAUCACUUCACAAUCGUCUGGCCAAAGUUCUACCAGAUGAUCUCAAGAUCACAGAAGCUGAGGAAACUCCGACUAUGGGAUGUUGUCUUCGAUUGUCAUGAUGAUGAUGAUGAUAAUGAAGAUGAUGAUGCUGAUGAUGAUGAUAUUGUGGAUCUUGAAUCAAUAGCCGUUAGUUUUCCACAGCUAACCCAUCUUUCCUUAAGUUAUGAUCUGAAAGAUGGAGUUGCUCAUUACAGCUGGCAAGGCGGCACAACCCAGCUGGAGAAUGUGACAGUGUUGGAGCUCAGCUGGACUGUGAUGAACGAUGUUUUCUCGAUCUGGGUCGAGGAGCUUUUGAGAAGAUGUCCGAAUCUCAAGAAGUUGGUCAUUCACGGGGUUGUCUCGGAAACCAAAACCCCGGAGGAUUGCCAGAUGCUGGCAACUUUCACAUGGUCCAUUGUUCAACUCAUGAGGAAAUACAUUCACGUCGAGGUGCAGUUCGAUUAUGAGUAAAAGAUCUUCUGAACCCCAUUUCGGAUUAGAGGCAUUGUUUAUGAAUUGUCUGAAAUUUCGGUUUUUAAAAGUAUUGUUUUGAUUGAGGCUCUCUGGUUC